AUGAGAAGGAGAGAGCUUUGGAGAGAGAAGCCUGAGAAACCUACAGGCCGGUGGAGCUUUUCAUCUGGGACCCUUCAGAGCCCAGAAGAGAGCAGUCUGCCUCCCUUCCGCGCGAUGGCCUCGGUGAAGACUUAUUUGACCAAGUUCAAGUCCUUCAUGAUUUUGUUCCUCUCCCCGAUCCUGCUGCUUCCACUCAUCAUUCUGGUGCCUAACAAGAUUGUCAGGUGUGCCUAUGUCGUCAUCCUCAUGGCCAUCUACUGGUGCACAGAUGUCAUCCCAGUGGCGGUCACCUCCCUCUUGCCUGUCUUGCUCUUCCCACUUUUCAAGAUACUGGACUCCAAGGAGGUGUGUAUCCAGUACAUGAAGGACACCAACAUGCUGUUCCUGGGCAGCCUCAUUGUGGCCGUGGCUGUGGAGCGCUGGCAACUGCACAAGAGAAUUGCCCUAAGAAUGCUGCUCUACGUGGGGACCAAGCCCUCCAUGUUGAUGCUGGGCUUUAUGUUCAUCACGGCCUUCUUGUCCAUGUGGAUCAGCAAUACUGCCACCACAGCCAUGAUGAUACCCAUUGUGGAGGCUAUGCUGCAGCAAAUGGUAGCCACCAAUGCAGCUGUGGAUGUCUGCCAGGGGACACUGGAGCUGUCAGACAAGAACAAGGCCGGCGAGUUUCCAGGAAACCAGGUGAUAUUUGAGGACCUCGCUGCGCAGAAGCAUGAGGAUGAAGACACAAAGAACAUGUACAAGGCUAUGAACCUAUGUGUGUGCUAUGCAGCCAGCAUUGGGGGUACGGCCACCUUGACCGGGACGGGACCCAACGUGGUGGGCCUGGGCCAGAUGCAGGAAUUGUUUCCUGACAGUAAAGACACCAUCAAUUUUGCAUCUUGGUUUGGAUUUGCCUUCCCCAACAUGGUGCUCAUGCUGGUGCUGUCCUGGCUGUGGCUCCAGAGCUUUUACAUGAGAUCCAAAUUUAAAAAAUCUUGCACCUGCUGCGGCCUGAAGAGAAGGAGCAACGAGAAAGUUAUCUACAAGGUGCUGCAGGAGGAAUACAAGAAGCUGGGGCCCUUGACCUACGCCGAAAUCAAUGUGCUCUUAUGCUUCGCCCUGCUUAUCAUCCUAUGGUUCUCCCGAGACCCUGGCUUCAUGCCUGGCUGGCUGUCCAUUGCCUGGAUCGAUGGAAAAACCAAUUAUAUCACUGAUGCCACAGUGUCCAUCUUUGUGUCCAUCUUGCUUUUCAUUGUACCUUCACAGAAGCCCAAGUUCAACUUCAGCAGCCAGACUGAGGAAGAAAGGAAAACUCCAUUCUAUCCCCCAGCACUGCUGGAUUGGAAGUUCACCCAAGAAAAAGUACCAUGGGGUGGGCUGAGCUUCAUGGACCCUGGAGGAAUUGUAAACCAAGAGCCCUGAAAUGAUGGUGAAAUGAUGGUCUUCUGUGCUUCCCAGGCUUCUGGACUUUCUGAGUGGUUGGCGAAACAGAUGGAGCCCUUGAGCUCAGUGCAACCUGUUAUCAUUACCUUGGUCUCGUCCUGUAUCGUUGCUAUAACCACAGAGUGUACAAGUAAUGUGGCUACCACCACCCUGUUCCUGCCUGUCUUUGCCUCCAUGUCUCGUUCCAUCGGCAUCCAUCCGCUGUACGUCAUGAUUCCCUGUACCAUGAGUGCAUCACUUGCCUUCAUGUUGCCUGUGGCCACCCCGCCUAAUGCCAUCGUGUUUGCCUAUGGACACCUCAAAAUUAUUGACAUGGUAAAAUCAGGAUUCAUAAUGAACUUCAUUGGAAUCGCAAGUGUGUUUUUGUCAGUCAACACCUGGGGACGGUCCAUAUUUAACUUGGAUGUUUUCCCUGACUGGGCUAAUAUGACAAGUAUUAACACUUAG